GGGAUGGAGUGGUUUUCUUUAUUCUAUUAUCAUGGCCUUUGAAUCUAUAUCAAGAACGAAUUUAUUAAUCAUCUCAAACCUUGAUUAUAUCACAGAAAUUUUUGACAUUAAACAGAACUCCAACCAGAGCCUAGAGAGAUUGGUCAUUGUGAUUUAGGCUUUAGGGUGGUUAAUUGUAUUAGUUCAUGGACAGUUCUGUUGUGACAACUAUCCAAAGACCUGAAAAUUGAACUUUAAGGUCUAUAUUGUAUCAGACAACUUUAUGUAUGUUUUCUCCUAAUUUAUUACCUUUUUUUAUAUCUCAAAGUAAAUUGUAAUUUCCUUCUAAAUUAUUUUAGGUACUCAUAUGCUAUCCAUUACAAUCCUUCUUCAGUCAAUUUAUAAUACAACAAGUAAGAUUUAAAAUGGGUAAGCCGAAAGAUGGUGGACCAUCCGCAACAUGGGAGAAAGAUGUAAAGAUUAUAUUCUGUGAUUUAUGUCUAAGGGAGAUUGAACUUGGUAACCGACCAACCACACAUUUCAAUAAAGAGGGUUGGACGAAUUUAAUUAAGAAUUUUUAUGAUAAAACUGGAAGAGAGUAUGAUAAAGUUCAGUUAAAAAAUAAAUGGGAUCAGUUAAAAAAAGAUUGGAAAUUAUGGAAAGAAUUGAAGCGUGGAUCCACUGGACUGGGUUGGGAUCCUAGGAAAAAAACCAUUGACGCACCCGAUGAAUGGUGGAAAGAGAAAUUAGAGGUUGUGCCAAAUGCAAAAAAAUUUAGAUACUGUGGCAUUGAUCCUGAGCUUGAAGAUAAGCUUGAUCUUAUGUUCCUAGGUGUUGUUGCUACCGGAGAUCAUGCUUGGACUCCAAACCAGGGACUCCAUGAUGAAAAUGUUACUGAAGAUUCUGAGAACAUUGAUGUAAGUUCUGAGUCUUUUGAAGAUCCUUCACAGAAACUUGAAAGCAUUAAUGACUGUAUUCAAUUGAAACGUCCUUCAUCUACAACGUCAACCGGUAGAAGGAAAAAAAUCUUUGGUUCAACAUUUCUAAGAAGUCAAAUAACUCAGCUUGUCAAUUCUUGUACCAACAUUACAUCAGAAACUAAUGAAUCAAAGUCAAUACUCGAGAAAUCCUCCAUUUCGACUGCCAUUAAAGUGCUUGAACAAACACCUGAAGUAUUUGAAGACAUGCAACUAUAUUUGUUCUCAACCAAGCUUCUCGAGGAUCCAAAGUUUCAGGUAUUGAACAGUGGCUUCUGGCGGUGUGGACGUUGUGAGGAUGCUAUUAAUGGCGGAUGA